UGCUCCCACAGUUUAAGAGCAGAGAGUCGCUCGUGUCUGCUUCACUUUUUCUCCUGUUGAAAGCAACAAGCAGAAACAUGGCAAGAACCAAGCAAACCGCCCGUAAAUCUACCGGAGGUAAAGCUCCCAGGAAGCAGCUGGCCACCAAGGCUGCACGUAAGAGCGCGCCUGCCACCGGCGGCGUGAAGAAGCCUCACCGUUACAGGCCCGGUACCGUGGCUCUGAGAGAGAUCCGUCGCUACCAGAAGUCCACGGAGCUGUUGAUCCGCAAGCUGCCCUUCCAGCGCCUGGUGAGAGAGAUCGCUCAGGACUUUAAGACCGACUUGCGCUUCCAGAGCUCCGCUGUCAUGGCUCUGCAGGAGUCCAGCGAGGCUUACCUGGUCGGCCUCUUCGAGGACACCAACCUGUGCGCCAUCCACGCCAAGAGAGUCACCAUCAUGCCCAAGGACAUCCAGCUGGCCCGCCGCAUCCGUGGAGAGAGAGCUUAAACUCUGUCCCGCUGCUCCACUAACCUCCACCUCAACGGCUCUUUUAAGAGCCACCUCACUCUCAACUCUAGACAACAGUCCUUUGCAGCUUAAUGUAUGUAAUAAUGGACAAAAGUUUCCUUAUGAUUACAUAUUUUCUUCUAUGAAGAAUAAAUGUUAUUUUUUACAGUAUCAUGAAGAUCAAAGCUGUCAUGUGGUCACCAACAGGGGGACACAACAGACCCACACACUCUUGUGACUAUGGAGGACAGAAAGUGCCAAGAAAAAAUAAAUUGCCAUUUUUAUAUUUA